ACUUGGCAAUGGUGAAAUGAAAAGGUAGUCAUAAAAGAGAAAGUGGUAGCGGGGUAGAGAGCAGCGAGAGACAGAGGAGAAAGCGAAAGAGCGGAAGAAAUUCUCUUAUUACGGCUACCGUAGUCGAAUGCUGCAAAAAGGUACAACUUCGUAUAAAUGGAUCAAUGGAUAAAUGGAGUUAUGACAAAACAAUUUAAGUUUUCUAUCCAACUAGAAAAUCCAAUUUUCUGUAAUCGUUAACGCGUAAAAACUACUUGUUAUAUUACAGAGGCGCAAAACUAUUAUAAUAUUUUUAUGUUUUAUUGCAAAAAAUGUAUUCUUGAGUGCCAAUCAUUGCGUAGACACAUACAUAUGCAGUUUUUAGGUCCUUCACAUCAUAAACAAAUAAGGCAAGGACAUGGUUUAGCUUUAUUAAUAAAACACGAAUAACAAAAAAGGUCGCCGAACAACGAAGCUAGACAGAACAGAUGGAAGCAAAUUUGGAGAAAGGUCAGAUGACGACCGCAUCGACAAGCAAAUCGCCCUCGCAGCGUCAGACAACAUCCCGUCGGCGGCAAAACGACAGUGAUGUGGCCGGAGGAGUGGGAAUCACCGGUGGUGGAGUCGUCAUUCUGCCACAGCACGUGCUUAACGAACUCUACCACAACUACUCCAUCAAACAACGCCGCAGUGGAUUGAAGUGGUUUGUCUUCGCGGCCGUAUUGUUCAACUUUUGGACCAUCGGAAUACCAUGGGAUCAGGCGGCCCCUACGAGAGUGGUCAACUGUUGUAUGCUGGUGGCGUACUUGGCAUUAACAGCGCUCCUUUACAUUGGACGACGUUCUGAUCGACCGGCACUGAGGCGCUUGCACCAAAUACUCUUGAUUAUUGUACCACGGGCACUGUGGCUAUUAAGCAUUGUACAUUUUACCGUCUAUAUUAUUCUGCAACCUAGUUUUUCACCAAGGGACCUUCUUGGCUGGGCCAUCCUUCUAAAUUUCUUGGUCUAUGUGACGCUGCCAUUACAGCUCAUUUUCCUUGGUCUGUCGAUUGGAUGUAUCACAUAUUUUAUUUGUCUUAGUCUGCCUGUUGGCUAUUCUCACUGGGACUCGCUACUCUCGAACCAGUUAGCGGCUAACGCUGUUUUAAUAGCCACGGCAGCGCUCAUUGGCCUUUUGUACUACUUUAUGGGUGAGGCGAAACAGAAACGAGCCUUCCUCGAAGCCAAAAAGAGCCUCGAAGUAAAAAUGGUCAUAGAGGAACAGUCGGCCGAGCAGGAGCGUCUGCUUUUGUCUGUGCUGCCCAAGCACGUGGCUAUUAAGAUGCGGGAAGAUUUGGGAUCAUCCAGUUCCGAGGCUUUUAAAAAAAUCUACAUGAGUCGGCACGAGAAUGUAAGCAUACUAUAUGCGGAUAUUGUUGGCUUUACCGCUAUCUCCUCCACGUAUAGUGCCCAAGAUUUGGUAAAAAUGCUUAACGAGCUCUUUGCGCGUUUCGAUAGGCUUGCCGAGAAAUAUCAACAAUUGCGCAUUAAGAUUCUUGGUGAUUGCUAUUAUUGCAUUAGCGGUGCCCCUGAUGAGCGUCCAGAUCACGCCGUCAUGUGCGUGCACAUGGGACUCUCCAUGGUAAAGGCCAUUAAGUAUGUGCAGCAGAAGGCCAACUCACCUGUUGAUAUGCGAGUGGGCAUUCACACUGGAGCCGUGCUCGCCGGCAUUCUCGGGCAGCGGCAGUGGCAAUUUGACGUUUACUCAAAGGACGUAGAACUGGCUAAUAAAAUGGAAUCGAGCGGAAAAGCUGGACGCGUUCACAUUUCGGACAAAACGCUUGCAUUUCUGAACGGCGAAUUCGAAGUGGAGCCCGCCUUUGGGGAGAAACGGGAGGAGCUGUUGCGUAUUGCUGGACUAAAGACGUAUUUUAUUACCAAAGUAGUUAAGGCGUUUUCAUCGCCAUGUGCCAAAAAAAUAAAUGAAUCCCAGGAUGAAAUCUCACCCUCCAGUCCUAAUGGAUCGAUGAACGAUAUUGUUUCAGAAGAAGAUGACAACGAUGCCACAUUAGACGACGAAGAGCUCCUGGCGCAGAAUUCUUUAUCCAAUGGACACCAAAUAGUGACUACAGUGACUGCAGACGAAGAGGAGCAGGUGAAAUUGGAGAACUUCAAACAACGAUUGAAAGAUGAACUGGUAACGCGCGACGGACAUGAAAACCUAACCAAGGACACUAACAUAUUCUUGCGCUUCAAAAACCCGCAGCUGGAGCAAUCGUACGCCGUAUAUAGAGAGCCGUACAGUUCACUUCCGCUUCUUGCCGCUCUAAUGGUGCAGUGCAUUGAUGUGUUAUACUCAUACUUAGUCCUGCCGAGAUCUACCCUGCAUUUCAUUAACAUAGCUGCGCCGUUGGUACCGAUCGCCAUGCUGGUAGUGAUCAGCCUUGCCGAGAGCUUUGGCGGCAUGCUGCCCAAGUUUUUCGUAGAUGUGAGCAAGCGCUUCAAUGACAUAACCUUUGUUCGCGAGCUGGCUGCCAUAAUUAUUGCACUCACCAUUGGCUUCAGUAACGUUAUCGACAUGUUCUUUUUCGUCACCUUCGUGCGUACCGAGCAUAUUGUGAGUGAAAGCGAGUUCAAUGUAACGGCGAGCCUAGAUAGCGAUAUAGCCGUGGAGAUGGAGGCGAUUGUUACCGCAGAACACCUACUUCCGGCAUCAUUUGUGGAACAAAUGCGCGAGGCUGUGCCCCCGGAACGAGUUCUAUAUCCGUCCUACUUAAGUAACUUUGGAGUACUUAUAUUAAUUGCGAUCGCCGUGAUUGCCCAACUUACUCAUCUUACGAAGAUUUUGCUGCUAUUGUCCAUUGCAGCUUUGCAUUGCUAUUUCAAUAUAUUCAUCAUGCAGGAUCUUUAUGCUCUAGAGGAUGAUUUUGAACAUCAACCUAUUAUAUCUACGCGAUAUGCUGCUUCAGGACUUCUGCUAGUGGCUGCUCUGGCGCUAAGCACCUUGGCAAGACACAUGGACCAUGAAGAUAGGGUCAUUUUCAAAUGGAAAACUGAGGUGGCCGAGCAAAAGGAGACCGCAAACGAUAUGCGGCAGCGAAAUGAGGCUUUGGUCUACAAUGUCUUACCUGUCCAUGUGGCAGAGCACUUCAUGAAGAACACUAAACGCUCUCAUGAUGAUCUUUAUUCUCAGAGCUAUGCUGAAGUUGGGGUAUUAUUCGCCAGCAUGCCAAACUUUUCUGAUUUCUAUUCCGAAGAAACUGUAAACAACCAGGGUUUGGAGUGUUUACGAUUUCUCAAUGAGGUUAUCUCAGAUUUUGAUGCUUUGUUGGAGCUGCCCCAAUUCCAAGACAUCAUCAAGAUAAAAACUAUUGGUUCCACAUAUAUGGCUGCCAGUGGGAUAAAUCAGCAGAGAACUCUUAGAAAUGACGCCCCCAUUACAGAAAGGUGGUCUCACCUAGCCAUUUUGGUGGAGUUUGCAUUGGAACUGAAACACGCCUUGCAUGGCAUCAACGAGCAGUCGUUCAAUCACUUCGUUCUCAAGAUGGGGAUCAAUCAUGGACCGAUCACGGCUGGCGUUAUUGGCGCACGUAAGCCGCAUUACGACAUCUGGGGUAAUACGGUGAAUGUGGCAUCGCGAAUGGAGAGCACAGGAAAGGCAGGCGCCAUUCAGGUCACAGAGGAUACCUGCAAUAUUUUACAACCGUUUGGUUACAAAUUCCUUCAGCGUGGUCUGGUAGCUGUCAAAGGAAAGGGACAGUUGAUGACAUUUUAUCUGCAGGGUAAGUCCCAGCCGAGUGCUGAGCCGGUACCCCCCGGCGUAGUCGAUCUCAAUGGGCUGGAUUCGUCUGCCCUAGAAUCCACAAGCGAACUGGAGGCCUCAGACAUUAAGAUGCCCCUGCUGAAGAUGAAUGUCCAAGAGCAAUCGGUGGGAAUCGACCAAGAUCAGAGCUUGAGAAAUGAAAGUGAGGGCCAAGAGGGGGUGGGAGAAUUUCAGUCUUUGCUAGAAUAAUUAGCUUGUCAUUCUUAUAAACUAGAUUCUGUAUAAACGUGUAACCAGGAUGGAUAUGGAUGUGGAUGUGUGUGUGGCCGUGUUAAAAAAGUUAACUAUUUUGAAGAAAUUAUUUUUGCAAUAAAUUUGCUUUUGCCUCAGUAUUCGUGUGAUAUUCCAUGCCAGAUGAUUAAUGAAAGAAAUAAACAAAAUUCGAA